AUGUAUGUUAAGAUCGAGACGUCAAGAUUAGACUAUUUUCGAAGCAAACAACAACAUAUUCGAUCUGAGUUAUAUCAAGGUAUUGUUGAUACCAUUACACUUGGGGAAACUAACGCUUCUAAUGUUGGAAAACGGAUUAUUCUGCCUUCGUCAUUUAUUGGGGGUCCAAGAGACAUGCGAAAAAGAUAUAUGGAAGCAAUGGCUUUAGUUCAGCGUUAUGGUAAACCAGACAUUUUUUUAACAUUGACAUGCAAUCCAAAUUGGCAAGAAAUUUCAAAUGAAUUACGCCUACAUGAGGAGAGUCAAAAUCGGCCUGAUUUAGUUGCUCGGGUCUUUCGUGCAAAAUUAGAAGAAUUAAAGGAUCGAUUAUUCAAGCAACAGAUAUUUGGAAAAGUUUCAGCAUAUGUUUAUGUUAUUGAGCACCAAAAAAGAGGCCUUCCACAUGCUCAUUUUCUAAUUAUAUUACAAAGAGAUUGGAAACUCUAUGUGCCUGAAUCUUUUGAUGACAUUGUAUCGGCAGAAAUACCUGAUAAAAAUACGAAUUUGCACUUGCAUAACGCCGUUGUCAAGCAUAUGAUGCAUGGACCAUGUGGAGUGUUGAAUCCAACAAAUGUUUGCAUGAAAAAAAAUGGUUAUUGCAAAAGCCAUUAUCCAAAAAAUUUUGCAUCAAGUACGACUGUUGGAAAUGAUUGCUUCCCAAUAUAUAGGCGUUCUGACAAUGGAAUAACUGUCAAAGUGAGAGGUCAUAAUUUGGAUAACCGUUGGGUCGUUCCAUAUAAUCCGUAUUUGCUUGCAACAUUUGACUGUCACAUUAACGUCGAGAUUUGUUCUACUAUAACAGCAGUCAAAUAUCUUUAUAAGUACAUUUACAAAGGGCAUGAUCGUGUUGCUUUCAAUUUGGUUUCUGAACAAAAUAAUCAACAAAUUGAUGAAAUCCAACAAUUCCAAUCAGCCCGAUGGAUUGCUCCGCCUGAAGCUAUGUGGAGAAUAUAUGGCUUUGUUGUUAAUGAAAUGUACCCAGCAGUGUAUAGCUUACAUUUACAUCUUGAGGAUCAACACCAAGUAACUUUUCGAGCAAAUGAAGACUUAAUCAAUGUUCUCAACUCUGAUCGGUCUGCAAAAUCGAUGUUAACAGAAUUCUUUGCAUUAAAUCGAGUGGAUGAGAAUGCCAGGACAUUGUUGUACAAAGAAUUUCCAGAAUUCUAUGUUUGGAGCCAACAAUACAAAGAGUGGACUUGUCGAAAAAAGAAAACUGUUAUAGGUCGAAUUAUUACAGCAAAUCCAUUUGAAGGUGAGAGGUAUUAUCUGCGGAUAUUGCUAAAUCAUGUAAGAGGACCUUUGUCAUUUGAAGAUCUUAGGACAGUUGAUGGUGUUGUGGCUCCAACUUUUCGUGAGGCAGCAACUAUGCAUGGUUUGCUACAGAGAGACAGUGGUUUAGAAGAUUGUUUACAUGAAGCAUCUCUAUAUCAAAUGCCGUCCAGUUUGAGACGGCUAUUUGCAACUAUAUUGGUUUAUUGUAAUCCAACCAAUCCGAGAGAGCUUUGGGAACGUUUUGAGCAAGAUAUGUCAAUUGAUUUUAGGUCAACUGAAGAUUCUAUGUUGACUGUAAGAAUGCAAGUUUUGCGCUCAAUCUCUUUUACACUUGAAUCAAUGGGGAAACACAUUAAUUCAUUUCAUCUUCUUGAUGACGACAUUUGUUUUGAUGAAGACCAAUUCGAAUCUAGGGAAAUCGAUGAUGAAUUGGCUGUUGAAAUUCCAGAAGAAGAUAAUGCUGCAUCAGAAAUCCUUAAUAGUGAACAGCGACAUGUCUAUAAUUCAAUUUUGGAAAAUGUUUUUUCAAACAAAACUGCUACAUUCUUUGUUGAUGGCCCUGGUGGGACAGGGAAGACAUUCCUGUACAAGGCACUUCUCGCUGCAGUAAGAUCAAGAAAAUUAGUGGCACUUGCAACUGCUUCAUCUGGUGUUGCUGCAUCUAUCCUUCCUGGAGGUCGAACAGCACACUCGCGCUUUAAGAUUCCAUUAGAUACUGAUGAACAUAGCAUGUGUUGUGUCAGUAAACAAAGUGCCAUUGCAAAGCUACUACGUGUAGCAAGGUUAAUUAUAUGGGAUGAGGCCCCUAUGUCAAGAAAACAACACAUCGAAGCUUUAGAUAAAAUGUUACGAGACAUUAAUGAUUCAGAGUUAACAUUCGGUGGAAAAGUUGUCGUUUUUGGUGGAGAUUUUCGCCAGGUUUUACCUGUGGUUCGUAAAGGAACAAGACAAGAACAUGUUGACGCCAGUUUGGUUUCUUCUUAUUUGUGGCCUACAUUGAUCAAACUUCGUUUAACUGAAAAUAUGAGAGCAAGAUUGGAUCCAGUUUUUUCAGAAUAUGUGUUAGAAUUAGGCAACGGAAUGCCACCAAUCACAAUUGACGAAACUGUAAAAAUUCCUAAUGGCAUGCUUGUUCCCUAUGAAGAUGACUGUACUUCUUUGGAUCAUUUAAUAGAUGUUGUUUUCCAAGAUAUUCAUGAAUAUUCAAUAAAUAUUUCAGCUAUGAUGAAUCGGGCCAUAUUAACACCAAAGAACAGUUAUGUUGAUGAAAUAAAUACAUUACUGAUUCAUAGGUUUCCUGGUGAGCUUAGGCGAUAUUAUAGCUUUGAUGAAGCAAUAGAUGCAUCUGAACAAUCAGUUAUGGAGGAUUUUUUAAAUACUCUAACCCCAAAUGGACUUCCUCCUCAUGAAUUGUUACUAAAGAUAAACUGUCCCAUCAUGUUGCUUAGAAACAUUAACCCUUCAGAAGGACUAUGCAACGGAACACGUCUAAUUUGUCGGGCUUUUGAUCGAAAUGUAAUUGAUGCAGAAAUCGCAGUUGGGCACCAUAGCGGAAAAAGAGUCUUUAUUCCAAGGAUCCCAUUCUUGCCAAAUCUUGAUGAAAAUAGUGGUUUCCCAUUCAAAAGAACUCAGUUCCCUAUCAGAUUAAGUUUUGCAAUGAUUAUAAAUAAGUCACAAGGGCAAACAUUGGAUUUUGUUGGGAUAUAUUUACCUCAACCUGUUUUCUCACAUGGUCAAUUAUAUGUGGCUUUAUCAAGGGCUAAGACUGCAUCUACAGUAAGGGUUUUAAUACGGCCGGUGUCGACUGAUCGAUCAGAAAAGAACUUUUUAAAGAUGCGGACGGUUUAUACAUCGAUAAAAGAUAUCACUCCAAGUACAAGGAAUUGGAAAAUCAAAAUGAUCGUGGCAGACAAGUCACCCAAACGAACAGGCCAACGCUCACCAGUGAAGUACCAAAGCCUAACGUUGAUUGAUCCAGAGGGAAAUCGAGUACAAGCAACAAUGUUUGAUAAAGAUAUAGACUCGCGAGAUGAUACUUUACAUAUUUUCCGGUCAUAUUACAUCAGUAAUGCAUAUGUAAGGCCACUGGAUCCGAAGUAUAGAAUUGAAACACAUGAAUAUCAAUGGAUCUUAAAUUCCAAAACGAUAAUUGAGGAAGUUCCAAAGGAUGAAGAACAAUUGGAGGCACCAAAGUACCAACUCAUUCCGUUCAAUGAAUUAGACGCUUACAAAGACUCAAUUGCAGAAAUAGAUGUUUUAGCUGUUGCAAUCAAUAUCAAGCCAUGUAGAGAGAUAACUUCAGUACAUGGACCAACAACUAUUCAGGAAAUAUAUGUCAUUGAUCAAAGCUUAAACCUCAUAUGUUUAACUAUGUGGGGUCAAUUUGUGCAAGAUGAAUGCAAAAAAAUCUCAGAAAUAAUUGGGACAAAGCCAGUUAUACUUGGAACAAGAAUAAGAGUUGGUUCUUAUAAUGGAUUGUCUCUUUCAUCACGUCCGAAAAGUAAAUUUAUGAUCAAUCCUGUUCUUCCUGAGGCAACUUCAUUGCAAGAGUGUUGUCGAGCAUAUGUUCAACUCGACGAUGGUACAGGAAGACUAUCUGCUGUUAUGUUUGGUGAAGUUGUAGAGGAAGCAUUCGGUUGUUCGGCAGUUGAGUUGAUGAAGCAUACUGGUGAUGAACAUUUGCCUUAUAUAGAAAAUCUUGUAGCACAAGUUUCACAGAAAGAGUGGAUGAUUGAACUUUUAGUAGAUCCCAAUCGACUCAACCAACAACAGCACAAGAAUUUCAAUGUCAUUUCUAUUGAUGCAGUACAAGAAGACACAAAAUGA